GUGAAAGAGCCUACAUCGAUAUCCCAGAUGGCAGCCUACAGUGAAUAUAAUGGCAGAAAUGGAAUACUUGUGGUCAUGAAGGACCCUUUUGAAGGAAAAGUAACAACGACAGAAUGUGAAGGAAAGCUUGAAGUUAAGCGGCCCUCCAAGGAUUUGCGCCGCUCUGCCAGCUCAGCGGAAAGCAACGCGAGCGUGGCUAGUUUCACCACGAACCACAACUCUGUUGUGUGCCUGCCUCUGGUGUCAGAGGGACUGAAAUUGGUAUGGACACAGUCUGAUCAGACCCGUGAACUUGACACAAUCCCAGAACUGGUCCAAGCUUUCAACGUAUUUCCCUACCCAUCAUCCCGUGAGGUGAGCACCCUGGCCCGGGUAUGUGCCUUGCCACUGGACAAAGUUAAAGUGUGGUUUAUGGUGCAGAGAAUUAAAUACGGUAUCAGCUGGUCUUCAGAGGAGAUAGAGGAGACACGGCGGAAGCUAGCAGUGCCUGAGCUUUAUGAUGACUCUACUGAAACAAAUGAGGAAGCUAAAAUAAGGAGCAAGAGCACAAAUUGUGAGGAACUGGUAAUUGAGGAUAAGGAUAGCGAUGAAGUGGAGGGUGCUCUCUCCAGCUUUACCCCCCAGACAACAAAACCAAAGUGUGAGUCACCAGAUUCCUAUAAACCAGCCAGACUCACUGCCCCGUGUUUCAGUUCCACCCUUCCACCUCCUCAGGAUUCAUACUUCUACCGCCCACCAGCAGACACACCAGCAAGUACAGCAACUGAUGUCUCCCUUGACCUUUCAGAGUCAUCUUCACGACAGCACCGCCAUGGGCGCUACAAAAAGUCUAAAGCUCAGCUCGCUGCCCUGCGAAAGAGUUUUCUGAGGGAGAACUGGCCUGCAGAGGCAGAGCUAAGACGUUUGCAGGAAGAAACUGGGCUGAGUCGCAAUGACAUUCGUAAAUGGUUCAGCGACAGCCGUUACCAGCUUAGGGUUGGCCGAGGAAGCCUGGCAGCAGCCCAGAGCUAUUCUCAACACACUGCUGUGGGAGGUAAACAUGAUCAACAAACUCAGCCUCUUCCACUUAUUACUCAAAAGACUCGUCAGAUUAACAACAUGAAGGGCCACGAGGGAGCCCGUAGCAAUGGGACUAGAAAUUCACAUUUCUUUCAGACCUUUUUGUCAAACAGCCUGGAAGCAUUUGGGGAAAGGGUCAUUGAGGCAGAAGAGUGUGAUGUUAUGGAAGAGCUUUCUGGUGAUGGGGACAGUUUUAAAGACGAGGAACAAAGUGAAGAACAACCCUUACAAUUGACAAAGACCUGCAAGAUUGAGCCAGAUGUUCCUCAGGAACCAUCAGGUAUGUUAAAAUCCUCUCCCUACUCCUCCCCCUCUGGCAGUCCACCACUAACUGCCUCGCCUACUAAACUGCUUUCAAACACCAUCAGCACAUCAAAGAAGUCAGCCCGCUCAGCCAAAGCCAGUCCUUCACAAACACCCUUGCGCAUCUCAGGAGCUUCUUCAUCCACAUCCACGUCCCCUGCUCUCACUCCUGCUGGGCGACCAAGAAAGACGAAGGAGCAGUUGGAUGUGUUAAAGCAGCACUUCUUACGCUGCCAGUGGCCCAAGAGUGAAGAUUACACUGAACUUGUUAAGCUUACUGGUUUACCCCGGGCAGAUGUUAUUCAGUGGUUUGGUGACACACGGUAUGCUGUAAAGAAUGGCCAGCUGCGCUGGGUAAAGGGGGUUCGUGACCAGUUCUUGGCUGAACUUGCUGCCCAGCAAAGUGGCAGUGGUUUAACAAAUGGAAGCGGCUCUGGGACAUCUACUCGGGUUGGGGGUAGCCGCAAACGAAAAUCUCAAGCAAAUGGAACAAGUACAGAUUGCCCUGAUACACAGCCAUUGGUAACAUAUUACCUUUCAACAGGCUCACUACAUGAAAAAGACCUUGACUCUCUAUGCAAGAAAUCAAGAAUGAGCUAUCAGCAAGUGCGAGAUUGGUUUGCAUCUCAGGAUGGUGGGGAGACUGAACAAGAACCUGUAAUUACUGAUUGAGACACUGGAACCAGACAUCAGAACAUUUAUAAACGUAGGUGGAGUGCUCUUGACAUCCGUUGCACCAACAAGCAUAGUUAUUUCCUUGGUUUAAAUUGCUUUAAUUGAGGCAGGUUUGUAACAUCCAGUCUUCCCAGUACAAGCCCUAAAUGAGGUUUGUGGUCUUUUUAUAUAUGCUGCAUUUCCUGCUUAUUCUAAUAUAUUUGGACUUGAAUUAUAAUUGUGCUGCCUGUGUUGCUGUAAAUAGGACAGUAACUUGUACACUGGUUUGCGUUAUUUUUUGAGCUUAUUAUUUUUGUUUAGAUAUCACUACUACAGAUUUUUUAGUAUGCUAUUGUAGCAGUAUAAUUUAAACUGGCUGUACUUUUGGUACUGACUAUAGCAGAUGAGUAACUGCUCCAGAAAAUGUCUAUGUUGACAAAUUUGUUGACUGAUCACUGUGUGUCAUCAUUCCUUUAUAGCCAAUAAUUCCUUAUCAUGAAAAGCACACUGGACAUGUACACUUUAAAUUGACAUCUUGCACUUUGGUUUUAGAGCCUGCUGCCAUUAUGUUCAUUAAAUCCAAUUCUUUCUCAAAAUAUAAA